AUGAAUCAUGACGACGUUGAAUCAUCAAAUAUAAACCAAGAUAAAGGGGAAGAACUAAAAGUAAAGCAAAAUGAUACAUAUUAUGGUAUUAGUGAUAUGACAGAAAACAGCAAAAUACACACUGCAGAUACAAGUGUAAUUGAAAGCUCUGUUGCUAAUGAGGAGGUACCAGAUCAGGAUCUUGAAGUUUCAAGAAAUAUUUCAAGAUUUAUUACUUGGUCUACAUUACCCAAUAUUUAUACAGCUAUUGGGGCCUAUGGAGGUCCUUCUGCUUUUAUAGCUACUCUUGGUUAUUAUGUGAUUGGGACAACUAAGGGGACAAUUUUAAUUUUUAACUCCAAACAAUAUUUGAAAGCAAUAUUGAUACCAAAAUUAUCAUAUGAUUCUAGUUCAAGUCAUUUAAAAUCACCUGUUUCAACAAUUGCCAUUAGUUCAGAUGGGACCUACUUGGCUGCAUCUUUCAAAACAAAUGAUAUAUACUUAUGGGACUUGAAUUCCAAUCAGAACAACACUCAACACAAUGUUUCAGUCAGUGAUACAUCAAUCGUGCCAUUGUAUGCUAUAUUACACAUCGAUGACCAUAUAUCUAAUGAUAUUAAUGGAUUAGGAUUCUUAGGUACAAGGCAUACCGCAUUGAUAGUCAGUGACAACUCCGGAACCUUGGAUUUCCAUGACGCUUAUAGAAACCAUAUAUGGUACCUAACGUACAAAACCAAAAAUUUAGUUAAGUUAGCAUCAAAUGAGAAAUUACUUUGCUCAAAAACUGCACCUCAAGGAGAAAUUAAAACUGAAUUCCAUCUUGUUGCAAUUCUAACCUCAAAGAAAUUUGCAAUCAUCUCCACAACCCCAUACCUAUCGACAGUAUAUCUAGAAAACAUUUCCAAAAAUUGCAUUUCCAAUAGUUUUGUUAAUAAUUGUAUCUCAUGGAAUAAGAAUGGCAUUAAUGUUGCAUAUUCGAUUGGCUCCACAAUGGUGGUAUUGGUCAGUGACAUAAAGAAGAUAAAUGUAGUACAUGUACCUAAGUUCAACUUCAAAUCAUAUACAUCAAAAUUUGACGAAUCAAUCCUUUCAAUCUUUUGGAUUUCUGAGACCAUUGUUGGAGCCCUAACGAUAUCACAUCAGUUUUUUAUUGUAGAUUUUAAAAGCACGUCAUGUACCAUUUCGUCAGUAGAUUUAUUAGUACAAGAUAUGUUAAUUCCACCAGAUAAGAAUUUUGCCAUUAAUGACAAUAAGAUUUUCCUGUUAACAGGCUAUACCUUCAAAGUAGGCAAAUUCAUGACAUGGUCAGAAAUCAUACUAAAUAGAGUUCAAAAUGGAAAAUAUUUUGAAGCAUUAAAAUUCGUCGAGGCCUGUUUGCAACCAUAUUUCCCCUUAUCUCUACUUUUUAGACUAAAUGAAUCUCUAGAAUCAAGACAGGCACAGUUAAAAUUACCAUUCCUAAAUCUAUCAUUAGCUUCUAUGCGAUUUAUCCUUAAAAGAGACGAGACAAGUUCUGAUGAACUAUACAGGUUGAUGACCAUUAUACUAAGGGUUGCCAAUAUGUUCAAAGAUCUAGAAGUACAAGAUCAAUUAAGAACUUCACUGUUGGAACAAUCCAUUGAAUUUUAUGGUAAACAGAAAGGUGGAGAUAUAAGUGUAUUUUAUGAUGUUAUUAUAGAAAAUUUAAACAAUGGUACACUGAAAUCUCUCCCGGCUUCAGUAUUUCAAUCAGUUUUACAAUAUUAUGCAAAAGAGGGAAGGAAAGAGCAAAUGAAAAACUUAAUAAUCAUUCUCGAUCCAUCUACUCUAGAUGUCGACCUCGCUGUAAGAAUUUGCAAUGAAUUUAAACUCACAGAUACAUUGAUUUAUAUUUGGAACGUUAUUUUCCAAGAUUAUGUAAGCCCUUUUAUCUCAUUCAUUUCAAGUAUUUCUCAAUUACACAAUAAAACCUCAAUAUUUCCAUAUAUGAAUGAAGAUGAAUACAAAAAAGUGUUUGAAUAUAUAAAAUCAAUAAUCCGAGGAAUUCAAUAUUCAUCUAAUGAGGCCGUGCCAUCAAAAAAUAUGUUACGUUCUAAACUAGAGUUGAAUUAUAUACUUUUUAAUGCAACAUUAAUCGAAUGGCCAUAUGGAAGUUCAGAAAAAUUGCAUACUUUAAUCAAUUUUGAAGAUGAACCAGUUUACCCAUAUUUCAAUCUAUUACUUCGUUAUGACUGCGCUGGGUUUCUUGAUGUGCUAUCCGUAUUUUUUCAAGAGGACGAGCUUUUGAAUGAAGAUAGGUUUGAAUUAUAUCAUAACGAACACCAAAUGUGGGUUAGUCGUCAAUACAUAGUUGAUAUCAUUAUUGAUAUUUUGAAGGAUACAAGAGAUCAUUUACAGAAAUAUUAUUUGGCGAUAUUUUUAUCUAAAAAUAUUCCCAGUUAUCCUCAGUUUAUUAAAGUUUCAAAUACUUUUUUGGAACUAAUAUCUGACACUAUAGUAAAUUCAAUCACAGACGAAUUGCAUGAUGAACUUGAGAUUUCUUUAGAAUCACUAUUAACUAUUUAUGUGCCACCCAAUUUAAACAAUUUUAUAUCAGAAAUAAAAGCAUUGAACUUUAAUCGUAUUCUGUACAAAAUGUUUACCAAGACUCAUCAAUUUGUCGAAUUGUUAAAUCUUUUAAUUUCAUCAAAAAAUAUUGAGUACGAAUAUGGAAACAAUUGGGUAAAAAUAAUGUUAAAUAUACUGGAAAAAACAGAGAAUAAUUCACUUGAAAGGGCGCGUCUAAUACCCUUUUUGUCAGAAAAGUUCGAUGUCUUAGUUGAAAAGAUGGGUGUUGAGACUUCCGUAGAAAUUUUUGGUAAAUUUGAUAAUCUCCUUCAUUUAAACGUUAAGUUGCUACAAAAUGAAAACACCCAACUUCAAUAUCUAGAAAAAUUAUUCGAUGGACAUGUUUCAGUAGAAUAUAUUCCUCCUGAACUAAGAAAACAGCUCCUAUACUUAUCUUGCAAGUUAAAGAACACUAAAGAAUUAAUUCUAUGGAUCCAAAAUUUGGAGGUGUCGACGACAGAGCUACACGAAAUGCUGCAUUAUGUAGAGAAUGUAAAGGAUCACGAGAUAAUAGCCGCUUUACAAAAGAAACUGAAAAAUCACAUUGAGGUUGUAAAUGAGAUGAUUAAGUGUAUUCGAAUAUGGUUCUCGGAGGACAAAAACACACCUGAUGAUCUUUCAUAUUAUAUUGAGACUGCUGUAUUAUCAGCCUCAAGCUGUUCAGGUCCUGAAAAGGAUUUAUGCUGGUCUCAGCUAAUUGUAUGUCUUAUGGUAUUAUAUGGGAAACUUCCAACAAAUAGCACCAAAAGAGACCUUUGCAACAAAUCUUUGCAACAUCUUUUUAUUAAUUUGGCCAUGACAGAGACUUCAAAAUCGAGUGAAAAUAUAAAUGAAUUUUGUCAUAUAUUAACCUCUGUUUUAGAAAAUCAAGAUGUGAUAUUCAUAAAGGCAAAAAUUGUCAGGGAUUUAUUAGAAGAUAUAUUUAAUUCUUACAAAUUAGAGAAAGAAAUAUCCAAAGUAGUUGCUCAAAUCUUGGAGGUAAGUUCAUUUGAAAUUAUGCAUCAGUAUAAGGAUAAAUUAGAGGAAGGAUGGGUAUUAAAGGAAUAUGUAUGUGAGAUUUGUGGGAAAUUUAUAUGUGGGAGUAAUAUUAAUAACUCAAUAUAUCUUUGCUGGGAGGGGAAUAGGAAACAAGAUGUCACAAUUGAAGAUAAGGAACCAGUACAUAAAGAAUCGUUGAUUGUUUUCCAUUGUGGCCAUGGAUUUCAUAGACAAUGCCUACAAAAUCUGGGGCAAAAAUCUAAAAACUAUCAAUGUCUAAGUUGUCAAGGCAAUUAUAAUAAGAAACAAUAA